AUGCCCGCCUCCCUCAUUCCCUCGACCUUCCUCCCCCACCACCUGCGCCGCCUCGCUCCCGCCGGUUGCACUACCUCACCCGCAGCCUCCUCUUCGGCCUUCGUCCCAGCGAGCCGCUACGACUUCGAACCCCUCCUGGCCUACCUCUCGUCCCCCUCCGUAGCGGCCUCCCUCACCUCGCCAUCCCCACCGGCAUCCGUUCCGGCGCCCGAGCACCGCCUUGCCGCGACUUACUCGGCUGUCCCGUCGCACGAGUGGCAUGCGUUGCUGCGUGACCUCGCCGCCAGUGACGCGUCCCUGCCGGUGGCCUUCGCGCUGCUACCUUUCCUCCACCGUCACCGUCUCUGCUUCCCGCUCGACCUCCUCCUCUCGUCUCUCCUGCACUCGCUCUCCGUGUCCGGCCGCCUUCUCCCGCACUCGCUCCUGCUCUCCUUCCCGCCGUCGCUCUCCGACCCGCCGUCCCCGCUGCUGCUCAACUCCCUCCUCGCGGCCUCCGCCGCGGCCUCGCGCCCCGCCGUGGCGCUCCGGUUGCUCUCGCUGCUCCGCGAGCACGAUUUCCUCCCGGACCUCGCGUCCUACUCGCAUCUCCUCGCCUCGCUGCUCAACACGCGGGACCCGCCCGACGCCGCGCUGCUCGAGCGCCUCCUCGGUGACCUCAGGGAGUCGCGGCUCGAGCCCGACGCGCCGCUCUUCUCGGACCUCAUCUCUGCCUUCGCGCGGGCGGCGCUCCCGGACGCCGCGCUCGAGCUCCUCGCCUCCGCGCAGGCAAUCGGGCUCACGCCGCGGUCCAACGCGGUCACCGCGCUCAUUUCCGCGCUUGGCUCUGCGGGGCGCGUCGCCGAGGCGGAGGCGCUGUUCCUCGAGUUCUUUCUUGCUGGGGAGAUCAAGCCGCUGACGCGUGCCUACAACGCGCUGCUCAAAGGGUAUGUCAGGAUUGGUUCGCUCAAGAAUGCAGAGCAAGUUCUCGACGAAAUGUCACAAUGCGGAGUCGCGCCAGAUGAGGGCCACUUACAGCUUGCUUGUGGACGCGUACACAAGGGCUGGGAGAAUGCGAGAAGAAGGAUUGAGCCGGAUGUUGUCACAUGGAAUACUCUCAUUGAUGCACAUUGUAAAGGAGGGCGGCAUGACCGUGCUAUGGAGCUGUUUGAGGAGAUGCGUGAAAGCAAUUGCCCACCAGGCACGACCACAUACAACAUCAUGAUAAAUUUACUCGGAGAGCAAGAGCGUUGGGAGGGUGUGGAAGCAAUGCUAUCAGAGAUGAAGGAGCAGGGACUGGUACCCAACAUUAUUACAUAUACUACUCUCGUGGAUGUGUAUGGAAGGUCUGGUAGAUACAAGGAGGCAAUUGAUUGCAUUGAAGCGAUGAAAGCUGAUGGUCUCAAGCCAUCGCCUACUAUGUAUCAUGCCUUAGUCAAUGCAUAUGCUCAAAGGGGUUUAGCAGACCAUGCAUUAAAUGUGGUCAAGGCUAUGAAAGCAGAUGGCCUGGAGGUUAGCAUCUUAGUGUUGAAUUCGUUGAUUAAUGCUUUUGGUGAAGAUAGAAGGGUUGUUGAAGCCUUCUCUGUGCUGCAGUUCAUGAAGGAGAAUGGUUUGAGGCCUGAUGUUAUAACAUACACAACAUUGAUGAAAGCUUUAAUACGUGUUGAGCAGUUUGAUAAGGUUCCUGUUAUCUAUGAAGAAAUGAUCACAUCAGGAUGUGCCCCUGAUCGAAAAGCUAGAGCAAUGCUGCGGUCAGCUUUAAGAUACAUGAAACACAUGAGGGUUGCAUAG